AUGACGUGUUGGAUAUGCCAAGGUAGCGCGAAUUAUCGCUCUGAAAACAAGUGCAUUCAGCUUUUCGGUAAUACUUCUAAGGCUACGAAGCACCUGAGCGAUGCUCACUCUGUGACGUCUGCUGAAGUAAUUGCUGAGUCGGGGCGAAAACGAAGUCGCCUGGAGGAAGUCAAUCGCAUUUCGCAUUCGCUCACCAACUCCGACGACUCUAGACGAGCGACUUUGCUUUUGGAGACGCUUCGUGUGGUGAACAACAACUUGCCCUUCAGGAUUGGCGAGUAUGAGGAGUCUGAACUGCUAGCGGCGCUUGCAGUGAAAGACGAUUUUCGCACGGUUGUUAAUGCUCACAAGGUGGUGCAUGCUGUUGGUGAGCUGUACUGCUGUGCGGUCAGUGCUGUUUGUAAGUUUUUGGUUGAAAACAAAAUUCCGGGCGUGGCAUCAUUUGCAAUGAGUACCGAUUUUUGGGUGUGCAAGACACAACGAACCAAGUUUCUCGGUCUUCACGUGUACCUCGUUGAUCGGCACAUCAGAUAUCAGUCCGUACUACUUGGAACACGUCAUUUCAACCCUCGUUAUGCUGAGAGGAACGGAGGUGUUCGUGAGCCAUUCAAGAGUUGGCUGGUCGCUCUUCUUCGAGAUUUCCGCCUGACCUCCAGAGAUUUUUUUGGAGCGACGAGUGAUAAGGGACCUGAUGUAAAGCGCCUGUUGGAGACGGAGCUCAGUCUGAAGUGGGAGUGGUGCAUCCCGCAUCUUACAAAUGCAUCGACCAAGACUGCGUUUGAAAUUGGGUCUACAAGGAGCAGCUCCAAAAAUGUCGAGAUGACAGAUCUGAUUGCUCGCAUUGGAAAGACAAUCUAUACUGUUCGCUCUAGCGAAAGGCUCGGUUCUCUUUUUGCAGAGCUGUGCACCAUGGUCGAUCCUAGCGCCACGACGAAGCUGCUUGAAUAUCGCGACCACCGCUUUAUGGAGUUGGAGAUCUGGUUUGCUGAGCGAAUUGAGAAAGCUCUCCGCGAGUUUGAUGACCCUCCUGAUGAUUUUCCCCUUGUUGAAGACCGGCAGACAUUGCUUCAAAUGUAUGCGCUACUCGAACCAAUCACUGUCAUCAAUGUCCACAGUCAAAGCGAAAGCGCCAAUCAGCCGGAGGUGCUGGGGCUUUUAUAUCAACUUCGGCGGACUGUCCUCGAUGAAACUCAGCAACUUCGGGACUGUUUCCGGCAGCAAGACCCACCGAUCCACUUCCGAGUACAUGAGCUGACUCCAUUAGUGAGGCGUACUCGCAGCUUGCUUGCGAAUCAUUUCACGACAACUUUUUCAAGCGAUAUACUAGCAGCGCUCGUAUUUCCACGGCCGCGUACAUUCCCGAGAUGCAGAUGCUGCUGCACCCACUCUUCAAAAACCCGGACAGUCCUCUCAGCAAAAUUGUGA